GAGAAGGUGCCAAGCCCGGGAUUAGUUCUUGGCCUCCGGGCCGCUUUUAGCCCCCCCUUUUUUUUUGCCGGGCUGUCUCCCCCUCCCCCUUUUUUUUCUGCUGCUGCCUCGGUUCACUUUUUUGCUUUGCCCACCCAUAAGGAAUCAAGGUCAAGACCGAAGCGGGAUCUCGGCCCCGCGUUGGGAACUGCAAGGACCGCUGGAAUCAAUCCACUCAGCACAGCCACCCAGCCAGCCACCCAGCCUGCCGCCGGGCAGUGGAAUUCGGGAAGCCAGCCUUUGGGAAGGAGAAGGGCGAGGCGUCCCGGUGGAAGCGGAGGCUCCCGCAGCGAGCCCCGUCCCAGCCCGAGCGCACGCCCUCUCCGACCGGCGCCUUUUCACUCGCCCUCCUUUCCUCCCCACCAUGAAGCCGGCGACCUGGCUCCCUUGGACCGUUGCCCUGAGCUACUUUGCGCACGCAGGGUUGGCCGCCUAUUUCUUUCAACAGCCUAUGGAUCAAGUGAUUGUCUCCGGUCAGUCGGUGACAUUAGCAUGUGUGAUCAUGGGCUACCGUGGCAUGGUUCAAUGGACCAAAGAUGGACUGGCCUUAGGGGGAGAGAGAGACUUACCCGGUUGGUCCCGCUACUCUAUUGUAGGAGAUGCAUCUGCCGGUCAACACAACUUACGCAUCGACUAUGCUGAACUAGACGACGAUGCUGUUUACGAGUGCCAAGCCACACAAGCGGCCCUACGCUCCCAGCGAGCCAAACUUACUGUACUUAUCCCCCCCAAUGACCCUGAGAUUCACAGUGGUCCCAUUGUCCAUGUCAUCUCCAACAUCCCUUACAACCUUUCGUGCCGCGCAGCUGGAGCCAAGCCAGCAGCUGAAAUCACCUGGUAUCGUGACGGGCAGCGACAAGAGUCAACUGUUUACUCCAAGUCCCUGAUGGAUGAUGGCAAGCGGGAAGUGGCUGUCAGCACCUUUCUCUUAAUUCCAAGCAGCCGAGACAUGAGCAGCACCUUCACCUGUCGUGUCAGCAACCCGGCAGCCCCGGCUGGCAAACAGACUUCGGUCACCCUUAAUGUUCAGUAUCCACCCGUCGUGAUCCUGGCAGUCCAGCCACAAACUGUGCCUGAGGGUGGCAAAGUGGGUUUCCUCUGCACCGCAACGUCCAAUCCUGAAGUGACAGGUUACCGGUGGGCUAAAGGAGGCGUCCCCAUCCCAGAGGCCAACGGUGACAGCUACGAAGCCACAGUUGACCAGUCUUUCUUCACAGAGCCUGUGUCCUGCGAAGUGUCCAAUGCUGUGGGCAGCACCAAUGUUAGCACUCUGGUGGACGUCCAUUGUCCACCCAUUAUCAGCGCUGAAUCGAGCCAGCAGACAGCAGUGGGGGCCAAGGCCCGUCUGGAAUGCUUGGUGGAAAGCGUGCCGCGGCCGGACAGGAUCGUGCUGAGUAACGGCAACACACUGCAUCUCAAGGCAGUGACCCAGGAGGACGCCGGGGUGUACAUGUGCAAAGCCAUCGUGCCGCGCAUUGGAGUGGCCGAGAAAGAAGUGACCCUGGCUGUGAAUGCCAAGCGGGGAACGCAGCUGUCUAAGGCCGAUAUCCUCGUGCAGAUCACCACAAGCGAGAGCAGCCCCAGCAGGCCCAGCGAGGUGGAAGAUGACGCCAAGGAACCCAUGGCUACAAGCAGCGAGUCUCCAGCCACGUCGCACACUGAACACAGUGAAAUCCUGGAGGAUGACGAAGGGAGUCAGGAGCUAAAGGACCCCACCAAUGGCUACUACAAGGUGCGUGCCCACGAGGAGCCCUGCUUGGGGAGCAGCUUUUCAGAAUACACGCCGGCCCCCCGACCUUUGUUCGGGCCAACGUCCUUGUACCCCUCCGCGGGGCCGGUGCAACCCAAACUCUUUGACUACACCCACCGCUACACCUUGGGCACUCCCAGUUCCCGCUCAGCCUACGACACCACCCAGGAGCGGCUUUUCCCUCCAGAGAACAUAUACAGUGGGGCGACUUACCUCACAGCUCCCUACAGCCGGGCUUUCACCAGCUACGUCAAGCCGAGCAGCUAUGAGAAAGCCGAGAGCGGUUACGAGCAGUCCGACCAAGCCAGCAAAGCUUCGGGCUGCUCCCGUUUCUCCUACACUUCCUUGUCUCAGCAGUCUGACUACGGGCGCCCUGCUCAACAGCGCAUGCAGACCCACGUAUGACGGAACCCCACCCCUUCCGGACUCCUCCCAUCUUCCGUGAGAAAGAAACGGAAGUGGACACUCGCUUCGGGGGAAACCGGUUCCAGAGGGGACACUCUUGAGGACCUCAAAUUUCUUCCCGAGGGCCCCAAACUAGCCUCGCCCUCUGGAAGGGGGACACCUCAACAGGGGACUGGCCUAGGGGGGCUACUCCGGCAACCAAGAUGGCCACCAUCCUGCUUGCCUUCUACCGACCGGAACCUAGAACUGUGAAGCAAUCAAUAGACAGACUCUUUUUUUGGGGUCAGGACAUGAAAAUGGACCCAGGAUGCAACGUGUUUCCCCCUUUUGGGUCUGGACCUGACUUACAGGGGGGGAGACUCAGUCUGUAAGAAUCCAGAUUUCACAUGGUGGCCAAGCUUUCAUGGGAGAUCAGCCAUAAGUGUAGCUUACAAAUCCAUUGGUGAUCGAGCUGCCUCAGCAGUGGGACUGACUGAUGCGCCACCUUGGCUCCCCCUUCCCCCGUCCCUGCAGUCGCAUGAUUCUGGGAAAUCUUUACGCAUGGGCACUAGUGCUUGUAUUUUCAUUUUCCUGGUUCGAUGCUGUGGUUUACACCCGUGUUUCUCAAACCUCAGCGAGUUGAAGAGGGUGUGUGUGUGUGUGUGGACUUCAACUCCCAGAAUUCUCCCACCAGCAUGGCUGGCUGGAGGAACCGGAGGAGUUGAAGUCCACCAUGCCCUUAGAAGUGGCUGAGGUUGAGAAACACUGGUUUAAAUAACUCCCAUCUUCCCUCUCUUUAGCAAGCAGGCGGGUGGGCACCCUGGAUGGAUAUAUAAAGGCAACGGAAUUCCUUCCCCUUCCUUAGGUAAUGGCAGUGCCAUGUUUUAAUGGGGGGAAAAGGUGCGGUAUUUCCAAGCACUUGCAGCACCUGAGACGUGCCAGCAGGUGGCAGUGGUGUUUAAUCCCAACGGCAAGAGAAAACUUGAACGGACAAUAAGGUUGAAAUGAAUAAAAUCUAAUUUAAGGGAGGGCAAGAAAAGAAAAGCAGAGCAUGGAAGAGAGCAAGAAGCCAAAAACGAGCAAGGUCUAUUGAUCUUGUUUGUGCAUCUAUGGGGGAAUGGAUAAAGCUGUCGGUUUUCUUUCGAGUUAAGUUAUUCCUCCCGUUCCUUUUCCUUUUUAUUCUUUUUUUUAAUGCCUUAAGUGUAUUUCUAUGCUCCCGUAGGGCAUUUACAAGGGGAGGACAUGGUUGCUUUCGUGUCUUCGGAACCAACAAAGUUUUGGUUCAAUUUUUUUUUUGUUCCUUUUUUUUUUCUUUCUUUCUCUUCCCCGCCUUUUUCAAGCAAGAUCUCUCAAGAGGCCGUUUGGGGCCGUGCCUGCUUGAACCCCGUGGUUGCUCCAGAGACAAAAGAGGGAGAAAUGUACGGACACUUGAAAUAUUUAUAUUUAAUUUUUAAAAACAUGAGACAAAGAG